GGGCGGGGCUACGGAGUCAAAGAGGUGGGGAGGAGGCCGAGGUCAGGAUCGCUACUUUCUCUGCACGUGGGAGGCUCCGUUAUUUUCCCGCGCCCAAGGAGUAGGUGAUGAGAGUGGCGCAGCUGAUCGCGUGGGUCCCUCAGAAAACCUGAGCCGUUCGUGCCCCCUGGUCUCACGCCGUCCCCCGGCCGUCAGGACUUGGUCCGCUCCAACCCAGAAACCUCUCCGGCCAGCGGGGGCCUUGCAGCAUGCGCGCCACUUUUUGGCUGCCUGCGGGGAGGGGCCGCCCGGAAGCGGGGUCGCGUCAGCGCGCCUGCGCGGCGGGAAGCCUGGGGACACGACUCCAGCCCCAAGCACAGCCAGCCCGGUACUUCGGGUUCGCCGGUGGGCUGUGGGGCUAGGGCGUGUCCUUGAUAUUGCACCUCCCUUUCCCGCCCUCUGAUCCUGUGGUCGCCCUUGUUUUCCAGAACACUGCCCUUUUUUCCCGCGCGGUCUGCUCCUCUAGUUCACCUCGGAUAAUGGCGACAGCCGUAGUAGUGAACAUCGGGAAGAAGCUCUACGAGGGUAAAACAAAAGAAGUCUAUGAGUUGUUAGACACCCCAGGCAGAGUCCUCCUGCAGUCCAAGGACCAGAUCACAGCAGGGAAUGCAGCUAGGAAGAACCACCUGGAAGGCAAAGCCGCCAUCUCCAACAAGAUCACCAGCUGCAUAUUUCAGUUGUUACAGGAAGCUGGUAUAAAAACUGCUUUCACCAAGAAAUGCGGGGAGACUGCUUUCAUUGCACCCCAGUGUGAAAUGAUCCCCAUUGAGUGGGUGUGCCGAAGAAUAGCAACUGGGUCUUUCCUCAAAAGGAACCCUGGGGUACAGGAGGGGUACAAGUUCUAUCCACCCAAAGUGGAGAUGUUCUUCAAGGACGAUGCCAAUAAUGAUCCACAGUGGUCUGAGGAGCAACUCAUUGCUGCAAAAUUCUGUUUUGCUGGCCUUGUUAUAGGGCAGACUGAAGUGGACAUCAUGAGUCAUGCCACACAAGCUAUUUUUGAAAUUCUGGAGAAAUCCUGGCUGCCCCAGGACUGUACGCUGGUUGAUAUGAAGAUUGAAUUUGGUGUUGAUGUAACCACCAAAGAGAUUGUUCUUGCUGAUGUCAUUGAUAAUGAUUCCUGGAGACUAUGGCCAUCGGGAGAUCGGAGCCAGCAGAAGGACAAACAGUCUUACCGUGAUCUCAAAGAAGUAACUCCAGAAGGACUCCAGAUGGUAAAGAAAAACUUUGAGUGGGUUGCAGACCGAGUGGAGUUGCUUCUCAAGUCAGACAGUCAGUGCAGGGUGGUAGUGCUGAUGGGCUCCACCUCUGACCUUGGUCACUGUGAGAAAAUUAAGAAGGCUUGUGGAAAUUUUGGGAUUCCAUGUGAACUUAGAGUAACAUCUGCGCAUAAAGGACCAGAUGAGACUUUGAGGAUUAAAGCAGAAUAUGAAGGGGAUGGCAUACCUACUGUAUUUGUCUCUGUGGCGGGCAGAAGCAAUGGUCUAGGCCCAGUGCUGUCUGGCAAUACUGCAUAUCCGGUUAUCAGCUGUCCCCCGAUCACACCAGACUGGGGCGCUCAGGAUGUGUGGUCAUCUCUUCGACUGCCCAGUGGUAUUGGCUGUUCAACUAUACUUUCUCCAGAAGGAUCAGCUCAGUUUGCUGCUCAGAUAUUUGGGUUAAACAAUCAUUUGGUGUGGGCCAAACUUCGAGCGAGCAUAUUAAACACGUGGAUAUCCUUAAAGCAGGCUGAUAAGAAGGUCAGACAAUGCAAUUUGUAAAGAAGCAAUUUAAUUUUUAGGAGAAAAGUUACGUAGUCCUAGUUUGGAUUUAAAGAAAAAAGUCAAGCAAAAUGAUUUCACAUAAGAGAAAACAAUUUAGUUACUAAUGAACAAAUGUUACUCAGUGUUUAUGAGUUGGCACAUUGUCAGUGGAUAUUACUAAUAUUUCUAGCUCUACAAAGUGAUAUGUCCCUGUAACCUUAGCACUCCAGAGGCUGAGGCAGCAGCAGGACCUCUUAAGUUCAGGGCCACCCUGAGCUGUGUAUUGAGACUCAACUUGCCGUGGAGGGAAUCUUUCUAGCUAGUAAAAUUGGCAUGACACUACUAAAUUUAUUCUCACGCUCUGUAUAGUCACUGUUGGGUAAAUAUGUAACUAUGGAACUGGAACAAUGUGUCUGCUGUCUGAACCACUAUGAAGAACCAGUGUGGCUCUCUUGCAGACGACCUGAAUUUGCUUCCCAGCAUCUCUGUAGACUGUUUCACAAUAAAUACCCUUUAAAUCAGGGGAUCUGACCCCAUGGCUUCCUCAUGCACCUGCUUUCAAAUACUAUUACAUUCCCCCACCCAACACACACAAUUUUAAAAAGUAAACUUUUUAAAAAGAGUAAUAGCAUUUUUUGUUGUUGUUAAUCAGUAGAUAAUGCUUGAACUGAGUUGAUACAUUGAAAAUUAAAAUACUUGUGUAUAACAAUAUA